AUGGAGUCGUACGAACGGGAAUCGAUGAGGAGGAUCAGGAGGAACAGCCAGACGCUCCUGCAGGAUCUCUUUUCCAGGGGCGCCCACGGAGGCGGCAGAGACACUCCCAUCCCAGCGCAGCGUGGCAGAGACGCGGGAAUGAUCCACUCCAUCGCCAGCCUGAUCAGAGCGCAGAGCAAGCUCCUGCUGCUGGAGGGGCCGGACACUGUGGAGAUCUACAAGCUCAACGAGCCGGCGCCUCCUUCCACCAGAGCCAGUAAAGACAACCUUUACCUCCCGGCCAUCACGGCCAAGGCCUCCAGUCUGACCCCCCUGCGAGGGUCUCUGAGUGCACGGGUGAACGGGUGCCAUCACUCAGACCGGACCACCGCUUUGUCUCGGUACCAGAGCAACCUGAAGGCGCAGAGGGAAGCGAAGAGGUCCAACGUCACGGUGACCAUGACCUACCUGGGCCACGGGCAGCGCGGGGCGGGGCUGAGGUCAGCGCCAGAUGAGCUGAAGGUUCUCCAGCAAGUCAACGGGGGGGAGAACAUCUGCGUGUUCAAGGGCUCGGUGCGGCCCGGAGAGCAGUUCCAGUUCGUCUCCCAGCGACACAGAGGCUUCCCGUUCAGCGCGUCUCUGCACGUGAACGGCCUGGUGGCGACCAGGAUCAGCUGCUGCUGCGAGUACCGCUACGCCCCCGGCUUCCAGCAGGGCAGGAAGGGCUGCUUCAGGCUGGCGUGGCUGCAGGGGGGGGCGCCGUGCUACAGGUCAGACACACCUCAGCCGCAGCUCAACGGGAUACGCAGCGUCUGACAGGAGGGAACGCUGUGGUUGUGGUACAGGCUGGAAAUGUGAGUCCGAAUGAAAGCACUUUUUCCAUCUUUUUCAGAUGUACAAGUCUUAGAAACAAAUACGGCUCCUGCCAGCAGCUGAGCAACGACGCAAAGGAGAACUUAAUUCUCCCUGCAGAGCGGAACCCUGGCAACGGUACAGAGCCUGGACACGAGAGUCUCUAUUUUCCAUUACUUCCUGAAGCCUAUUCGUCAACUUCUCCUGACGUCGGGCCAGUGCUCGAUUUCUGGACUAGACACGCAUCCCACCAGACCUGCUUGUUUCUUUCUGAAUCGAACGUCUCCGUUGCAGGCGCUCCAGAGUCCCGUCCGUCAUCCCCUCUGUUUGUCCCAGUCAAACCACAGAAGAAGUCUGUGAGGAGGAUAAGAAAGCAGAGCAAGGAGGGAGGGGCGGCGUCCACAGACAGCGAGGAACGAGCAGCCGCGAGCAAAGAGACGUCCAGAAGGAAGCGACGCAAGGGUCAAACUCAUCAGAAAGACAGGAAAAGCGAGACGGCCGUGAAAAAGAGCGGAGCGGAGGGACAGGACGGCGGCGGCGGCGGCGGCCUGGAGGCGGCGCAGGGCUCCGCUGGGACGGAAACACGCCGAGGCCGAGCGCCGUCUGCACGAGCAGAGGAGAAACAGCAGAAACAGCAGAAACCGCAGAAACCGCAGAAACAGCUGGAACAGCUGGAAGCAACGGGCACACGAGUGGCAGCGCCGCCAACGACCAGGAGGAGCAGCGUUCCAGGUGA